UUACAAAUUUAUGGGUAUAACAGCGACCUGUACCAGAACAUAUCGGAAGCAAUGGCUCUUCAGAAAAACCAAGGCUUAGUUGCCAUCUCAAUUCUGCUUCAAACAGGGGAUUUAUCUAACCCAGAGCUCAGAAUUAUAACAAGCCAACUUCACAAAAUUGUUCACAGAGGUGAGGAAGCUCAACUGAAAUAUUUGUCUCUGCGUGAUCUUUUACCUGAAACACAGUACUACAUGACGUAUGAAGGAUCAACUACGAUGCCCGGCUGUUACGAAACUGUGACAUGGAUUGUUAUGAAUAAGCCCAUCUACAUAACUAAACAGCAGCUCUUUGCACUGCGACGAUUAAUGCAAGGUGAUGAACGUAAUCCAAAGGCUCCUCUUGCAGAUAAUUUCAGACCAACAAUGGAUUUAAAUCAAAGGACUAUCAGAACUAAUAUUGACUUCAAGCGAAUACCGGGAAGUGAGUGUCCUACUAUGAACAGACGGGUAGAAUACCAAGCAAACGUUCGGGACAGGCAGAAAGGACCUUGAUACUGCGUUUGUUCAUGCACAGUGGCAUGCAAAAAGAUAGCUACGGGCCACAGUGUUCACCUAAUAUGGGUGAGUUUCGUCCCGUCAUCUUCACGAAAAUUCUUCGUUACUUGUAAAGAACACAGAUCCUUUUCGUCAUUCUGUACGUCUACAUCACGAUAACGCCCAUUUCCUCUCAACCAACGUUUGUCUUCCUUCUUGUUUACCGUGGUGCAGAAGUUCCUGUCAGUAUGCACCAAACUGAUAUUGAUGUUCUUACUUGUGUGUUUAGUGGACUGGAUGAUUUUAUGAAGCAAUGUUGUACAUUAAGCAUAUAUUUCCGUGCUUGAAAAAGACUAUGCUCUUGCUACACAUACAAUUGAUUACCGAAGUCAGAAUAGAAGGAUAAUGUAAAUUCGCCGUCCUGGAUAAGAAUAUGAAGCAUCAAUAAAAUAAUCAACCAUUUCAUGAAGAAAGAUUACAGAAGAAGGCUGGUGAGUGAACUAUAUUCUGUGCUACACUGAUGAUAAAAAUUAUGUCUAGCUUAUAACAAUCAAGCUAAAAUAUGUGGAAGUAGGAAGGUAGCAGAGAUUAUUUUGUUACUAAACGACCAUUACGAAUACUUCCAUAAAGAUAGUGUAUUUUGGCGUGAGUCCGUUGCUAUGUUACUUGCCUGUGAUUGCAUGUUACAGUCGGCUAUCAUAAGUUUAGUCAGCCAUAACAUGGAAUAUCUUCAGACAGUACCAUGAACGGGCUUAAAUUACUUUGGUGUAUUUUUGUGGAUACACAAAACUCAUAUACAGUGUUAUAUUAGCGGAUAAUAAACUCAUCAUGCUCUUUCAUUGUAAUACUGUAAUGAAUGCUUUACAUAUGUCUAACUCAACUUGCCAUAUUCUGCAAAACUUCCUUCAACAAUAUAGGUGCUUCAGCAGUUCAAGUAUUAAUAGGAAUGUUACAAUUAAAAAAACGUAUUCUGAAGAAAACUAGCUUCGAGUAAGCGCAUUUGUUACUUUGGGAAAAGUAAAAGGAAUUUAAAAAGGCUUUCGUUCAUUACUUAUGCACUCAUUCAUAAAAUGGAAAAGAAUGUUGCUAUAUAAUUCUAACUUGCACAGUUAGAAUUACGUGCUUCGCCCAUUCUUAGGAUCACCCAAUUCUGCAUAACUUUAAACACAUUACUUUGAAAAGAAGUUUCAGUUUUAUGCAAACUUUUUGCGAAUUACUAUCGAAGUAUAUAAUUUCAGUUUAUAUUUGUAUAAAUUUAUUUUUGUACAUUGAUUUUGAUUGUUUACAUAUUUCAUCCAUAAUUUCUGCAAGCUCUUUCUUUCAAAACUAUGAAUUCAGGGUAAAUGAUGAUCAUUGUUUAAUUUGCUAUUUAUUUAAACUUACUUUUUUGGAACCGUUUGAGAUAUUUUCGAAAGUAAAUGUAGUUUCGGGCUCUAAACAGAUAACAAUAUUUUAAAAACACUCAGCGAAAUUUAGAUAUCUAUAAUCAUUUUAUGACUUAAAAAAUUGAGGAAAAUGUAUUUAUUACUUCUAUGAAUCAUAGAAAGUUUUUGAAAAACGUGUGCAUAAAACUACGCUCAGAAGCAGAAAAACACAUUAGCCCCUGAUGUUAGAGUUCACAAUAAUUAGAUGAACCGUUAAAAAAUGCUGGAUCAUUUCCUCAUCAGUAUUAAACACAUUUAACGUGUCACCAAUAAUAUGUUUCUUUCAAAAAUUAAUUUCUCAUGGCCAUUUUCAAAAUAUUUCGAAUAAAACAAAAAAAAUGCAGCUAAAAACAUUAAUAAAAGUAUGAAAAAUUUCAUUCUAUUUAACAUUAAAACUGUGCAACACACGCAAUACUUGGUUACAGUUAUCAAAAGAUAUUUUGUGGAUUUAUAUUUUUAGAAGGAACUUUAAAAUCAAACUUAUUUUAUCAACUCAUUGAAAGAAUUACGUAUUAGGUUAGGUCUCUAUUCCACUACCCACUUACUAAGAUAUCAAUAAUUUAAUGAAUGAAAUUUAUAAACAUCUUUUCGUUUUAAAAUUUUACAGAAAACAAGACGUCACUGUGUUCUUUGAAAUCCAAAAAUUAUCACAUUAAGCAACAUAUUAUUCAAUAACAAUUAAUCAACACUCAAAUCAAAUAUAACAACAGUUGAUAUCUCAACUCUUGCAAAGAAUUGCUCCUAACAAAAUAAAAACGGCUAUUUCUUUAAAAUUUACGCCGUUCUGAGUUUAAAAUACUCGGGAUUUAUUUAUUGAUAAUAUACUUGUCUUCAGUAAGAAUGCCAGCAUUUUUAAAUUUAAUAGUCAGUGUCAGAAUUUCAGAUUCCUCUUUUGAUAAAUUUUAAGCUUAAUCUCAUAAACGCUUCCAGCUGCUGAAUAAUAAAAUAUCUAUAUAAGAAACUGUUGAUUGGAAAAUUAUUUCCUUAGUAACAUGCGUAUAAACCCUGCAUAUUAAUUAACAUAUCAUUGUCUGACAUGAAUAUACUUUCAGUGUUUUACAGGAUUUCAUCAUUACUUUGUGCAUUGCAGUGUUUCCAUUUGAUGUUAAAUGGCUGGUGUUAUGAGCCAAAAGUGUUGAAUAAAUUCGUAUAUAUACAAAAUUUGUGUGGAAAAGUGAUGUAAAGCUGUUAUUGCUUCUAAUUUUACAUUAUGAAUGAUGUAGUUCUGUAUAGUAGGUUUGAAAGCAAAUGUUUGCUGCAUUAGAUCUUUGAUAUGCUCAUAUAAUGUAUUGAUCUAAGAUUUGUAAACGAAUUACGGUUAAUAAAGUAUUUGGAAAUAAA